CGAACUUCCUGACUGUGCCUUUCCGAUAUCCGGCUUUGCUGAGCUCACCAGGCCACGCCCCCGCGUGAUGUCACUCGGCUCCCCCCGCCCUCCCCUGCAUACGUUAGUGUUCGGUGGGCAGUGAGCGCUCGGUGCUGCCCGGUGUCUCCCGGUGUGUGUGUGUGUCUCCCCUCCCUCCCUCUAUCCCCAGCAUGGCCGCCAGCGCCAAGCGGAAGCAGGAGGAGAAGCACCUGAAGCUCCUCCGGGAGAUGACCAGUCUGCCCCACAACCGCAAGUGCUUCGACUGUGACCAGCGCGGCCCGACCUACGCCAACAUGACGGCGGGGGCCUUCGUGUGCACGUCCUGCUCCGGGAUCCUGCGCGGUCUGAACCCACCCCAUAGAGUGAAGUCAAUCUCCAUGACCACAUUUACACAGCAAGAAAUAGAGUUUCUUCAGAAGCAUGGGAAUGAUGCGUGUAAACAGAUCUGGCUCGGAUUAUUUGAUGAUAGAUCAUCUUCAGUCCCAGAUUUUAGAGACCCACAGAAAAUGAAAGAAUUCCUUCAGGAAAAGUACGAGAAGAAGCGGUGGUACGUUCCCCCAGAACAAGCCAGAGUGGUGGCCUCUGUCCAUGCAUCGAUUUCAGGGUCCUCUGCUAGCAGCGCAAGCAGUACUCCUGAAGUCAAACCACUAAAAACACUCCUGGGAGACUCCGCUCCAACGCUGCAGCUGAACAAGGGAACCCCCAGCCAGUCUCCUGUUGUUUCACGUAACCAGCCUCAGCAGCAACACCAUCAACCUCUAGAAAAGAAACCGUUUGACCUUCUUGGUGACCUUGGGGCUGAUAUUUUUGCUACACCUGCUCCGCAGCCUGCUGCCACUGCUAACUUUGCCAACUUUGCAAAUUUUAACAGUCAUGCUGCUCACAAUUCUACCCAUGCAGACUUUGCAAACUUUGAUGCGUUCGGACAGUCUAGUGGUACGAGUAAUUUCGGAGCAUUACCCACAUCAAGUCAGACACCUACCCCGCCCUUAAACACAGCAUUCAGAACACUAUCUUCCAGUUGCAGUUUUGGCGACUUUACGUCUGCUUUCUCUCUGCAGGCCACUCACCGAGCAAAUGCGAAUGCAAACUUUGCUCAGUUUGACAACUUCCCUAAGUCAUCGAGCGCGGAUUUUGGAGCCUUCAAUUCAAACGCACACAGCUCUGUGACUAGCAAAACAGCUGGAAGUAAACAGAGCCAUCCUACAGCUGAUAAAUAUGCAGCACUCGCUGACCUAGACAGUGUCUUAAGCAGUUCACAAGGUGGUGGUGGUCAAGGAAGCACCUAUGGCAGCUCAACGGGUCCUGCAUCAUCUACCCAAGCAGUGCCAGCACCAACCGACAAUGUCUUUGGAAUUGGAUCAGCAAUGCCCGCCGGGCGCACACACCAACCGGCAUCUGCACCAGGAGUGUUUGGAGUUUCUGCUUCUACAAACCCCUUUGUGUCGCAGUCUGUUGGUUCAGCAGUUAACCCAUUCCAAUCUAAUGGCAGAGUGCCACAAGGAGUCAGAGAUGGUCAUCCAGCAGAGAUGGACUAUCAGGGAGCUCCAUUUCACCCCUUUCACCCAAACCGGCUACCAACAGCUGCAGGAGCAGUGGAUGUCUCUUCUUUUGGCACAGCAUCGCUAAGCAUGCCUGCUGGCUUUGGAACACAAACCGCGUACAGUCUUCCGACCAGCUUCAGUGGUAGUUUCCACCAGCCUGCGUUCCCUGCUCAGACAGCCUUUCCCCAACAGACUGCUUUCUCCCAGCAGCCAAAUGGCAAUAUACAAGGAGGAGGAUUUGCCGUUUUUGGCCAGGCUAAGCCAAUGGUUACACCGUUUGGACAAGUUGCAGCUCCUGGAGUCUCUAGCAAUCCUUUCAUGGCCGGGGCACCCUCAGGGCAGUUUCCAGCUGGAAGUUCAUCAACAAACCCUUUCUUAUAGCCUUAGACUAACAAAGGAUCUUAGCAGGCGUCACUGUACAUGUACUGCCUCUUGCACUGUUUGUCUUGUUUAAUCAGCGUAAUCUUUAACCCUGUGCGUGCCAGAGGUGUGCCCAGUGCAUUGCUCUGCAGUGUUUUGGGUACAUGUCUUUCGAAGGGUUAAAUCAGUGGUGUCCAACCUUGGCCCUCCAAUUCUUGUUGGGCUCAAUGUCUCGGAAUUCUCUGGCUGUCCACGGUUGGCAAGAAUGAUGGGAUAUUUAUUCUAACAGGUAGAGGGUUAAGGCUCACUCUUUAAACACAGGGAGAUCUUUGGGAGCCUGCAAUUAUAUGUAUAUUUUUUUGUAUUUAAACAAGAAAAAAAAGAAGAAAAACAAGGUAAUAUGUGCAAUUGGAAAGCCUAUUUUCACUCAACUCCUUUGCUGGCCAAAUGCUUAAUGCCAAUACAUUGCAGAGCAGUGUGUCGGAAACCCUUUGGGCAGCUUAGGUGUAAAUCAGAGGCGUGUCAUGUAUAUUCAAUUUGGUAAGUUAUUGCAGAUCCCAUAUUCAUUUAAGCUGCAGUACUGUAUAUAUAUUUUUUUCUUAGGGAUUAGUUAAUUAUUCAUAUCAGUAUUUCUAACUCUUAACACCAAUACGCUGUUUGGGAUCAAAGAAAGAAGGGUUGAAGACUCUAUGUAAGAUUAAAAUGCCAAUUGUAGCGUCCUGACUUCCAUGGGAGUGGGAAUCCACAAGUUAAAAUCUAUACAAAUUAUCUACAUUUUAUUCAUUGACAUUCAAACAGAAAAACACUGUUUUAUUUUUCCCAAUAAAGCUACCCAUUUCUAUGCGCCUAAAAUCUCCAUACUGAAGACAAAUGUCUGCAUUAUCAAGCUAAUAAUGUUUUGCUACAGUUUGCAGGUGAAAAGAAAUAUUAAAAUAUUAGAAAAAUUG